UGGAGGCAACAGUCCGUAUGCAUUGGCGAGAGCAUUGCCAGCUAUCAGUAUUAGUUCGGCCGUCCUCAUGUGCGCACCCGAGGCGCUCUGCGCGACAUCGUUACGACCAUUUCAUUAGAGAAAAACGAACUUUGUGUUUAUACAUAUAGAACACGUUCAUCGCGUCUUUCUGCGUAUACUCGUGCGAACUGGAAUAUAACGAGUAACGUUCCGAGUGAUUCAGUGGAGUUAAUCGAAACAAACAACCGGCAAGCAAAAUAAUUCCAAAAUAAUCGUAUAACGUUAAGAUUUCUUUCCAACGUAAAUUACCGUAAGAAGUACAUAUCUAUUAAGAAUGUGAACUGUCGAAUGUUUGAUUUACUCUCUUCCUGUUUUAACCGUCGAUCGAUAGAAGAUUAUUAAUAACUCGUCGUAUUGUUUCGAUAAAGUUACUGGUAAACGAAGAAGAGGUAUCUUUCGAAUUGUUUAAUACUUUAACGUGUUUAUGGCAUGUAAUCGUGGAUGAAAUAUUUUCAUUGUCUUACGAUUGUUGUUUACGAUUACGUAAAGGGUACGAAACGCAAAGUGUACCGCGAUGCGACCUACAGAUAAAUAACCGAAUUAAAUUAGUUUGGCUCGCGUAAUUUUUCUGGACGCAGUUGCCGUAAUCCGUAAUUCGUAUUACGUUAUUCGCGGGACUGUAUCGAAUAACCGGUCUUUUUUCCGCUCCGAACCUUUACUUCCGACAAUGGAUCAGUCGACCGCGUGCUUCGUUUUCGUAACGUCUCCCCGAAGGUAAACAAAACAAUCGGCGAUUCGAUCGUACGAAAAUACAUGUAGUUUCGAUGAACCGUCGAGAACGAAAGGAAAUUAACGGUGCAGAAGUUUCGUGACGAGUGCGUUGUAUAUCAUCGAGAGUAUCGAAGGACACGAGGACCGAAGAAUCUCGAGUCAGCAUCUAAGAAAUCUUAUCUAAGUUCUCGCGAUAAAUUUCGGAUAAAAUUUCUGUGUAAUGGAAGAUUAAUGGGACCGAGUGUCCUCUGAAAGUCCGUGAAAUGUGCCGUAUCCUUGCAUCCAUGUUGGCGACGAGAUUUCGCAGGACGUCGAAAAGUCGCUCGACGGGACUCGAUCUUAAAUAAAAUCAACUUUGCAAUUUCAUUCGGUCGAUAUUAACGGUUUCGAAUAACUUAUAAGAAACUACGUAAUAGAAGGAGUCGAAAAUUUUCAUAAAAAAGUUCAAGAGCCUAUGGAAUAUAGGAGCUUGUUUUUUUAAAAGAUUCUGUACUAUUACGCCGAAAAAGUAACCUAUCGAAGCACACGUCAAGAAAUUGGGACGAGUUUGAGAACCAACAAGGACGAUCUUUGUUUUGAGUGUGUUUUUGAGUGUGUUUUUGAUCGUGUUUUUGAUCCGCCAGAAUUUACCGCGGGCAAGUAACUUGUAUUUUAUCGUACGCGUGAAACUAUUUAAAGUUGAUACUGUGAAACUGAACGUGAUAGGUGAUGUAUGGUAAAUGUUUUGGCACGCGAGAAGAAUAUUUUUAUAUCGUUGUAAACCGCUGACGCCAUUGUGACUUUUAUCAGGAUUAGAAGAACAGGUGUCGCCGCGUCAUGAAUACACCGCAAGAGCCGAAGCAGUACCGUUCGCCGUAUGGGUGCCUGGGUUGACGAUCGUUUCGCGGAGGAGGAGGCGGUCCCGAUUAACCAGGGCCCGAGAAGAAGGAAAGCAUCCCGCAUCUUGGGCCACGUUUGCGAUGGUGGCGGCCCAGAUGCGAUUCACCAGCGUACAACGAAGAACUUUAAGAAUUCGUGCAGAUCGUCAGCGUCGUUGUUGCCGUUACGCCGUCAGUUUACUAGGCAGCUCUACGAGUGGCCCGGUUUACCAUUGUUUAAAUCAAGGACGAAACUAGAUCAGUUUUGAAUCGAUCGCGCGAACCGCGAUCAAAUUUAAUCGUGAUAUGACAUUUUUUCUAGCGGCGCGCGUGUUUUUAAGUGCUACUAAAAGGCAGAGAAUAUAAAAGGAUAAGAAGAAGAAGAAGAAGAAGAAGAAGAAGAAAAACGGGGUAUAUGUUUGAUCUAAUUUACACGGAGAUCGACAAAGCGAGAAACAAAACAAAAAAAAAAGAAGAGGUAGUUAAAUCGUUAAACGAGAAAAAAGAAUAGGUUCGAUGUGGUUGCGUCGACCGUUCGAGGACUGCGCUUAAACGGCAGAGUCCUCCUUGUUCUUGGUACCAUCAUCAUGGCCGAGUGGGCCAAGUUCAAUGGCGAGGAGAAGCUGACUCAAUCGAGCAACACGAUCGAGACAGAGAGCAAUAACAAAGAGGAGGAGGACGGUACCGGUGGAUCGCGUGGUGACUCGAGAAACGCGAUCGAGGUGAUAGCACGAAAAAGCGACGAGGAGUUGUUGAUCGAGAAAAGACGUUCUUCCGUAAACAGGACUCCGCAAGAAACGCCGCGUAAAACGGAGUCGCGAAAAGCUAGCGACGCGACCUCGUCGGAACUAAAUUCUUUGGUGAAGAACGCGUCACGGUUGAGAAAAAAUUCCGAUCAGAUCGGAAUUCUUACCGAGGAACGAUCCAAGAUAUUGUACGAUCAGAGCUACGUGAACGAUGCGGCGAUCGAGAAGGACGAGGAGUUACGAAAUUGUUUGGAGAAGACGUUCGACGUUGCUUACAACGAGCCUGGCUCGAAGAUUCGACAGGAAGCUAGGCACGAAUUGAGAGAAUCGAAAGAAUCGCAGAACUCGGUGAAAAAGCCUGACAGUUUGUACAAGGACAAGGUUGCCAGCCCGCCGAAGCGUAAGAGCGUUUUCACAGAGCGAAGUUCGAUUUUCGGCUCUCCGACCAAGAUCCUGUCGAAGAAUCGUUCGCCGUCCGAGAAGAGUACCGAGAAGUUGGUUAACGGGAAAUCGCCGCGGGAGGACAAGCAACAGCAUCAUGUGCAAUUUAACAAAGACUCGAAGAAGCAGCAGUGCCGGGAGCAGAGGCCGCGAUCGAGCCCUUCUCUACCACCGUCGACCACCAGCAGUUCCGAGGAUAAUUCCAGCUUGGGGCAAUUGUGCGAGGCUACGCCACCCGAUGGCGGUUGGGGAUGGGUGGUCGUCGCAGCUUCCUUCAUGGUUAACCUCAUAGCCGACGGUAUCACGUUCUCGUUCGGCGUGAUCUACGUGGAAUUCCUCAACUAUUUCGGCGAAGGGAAAUCGAAGACGGCCUGGAUCGGCAGCUUGUUCAUGGCGAUGCCGUUGUUGUCGGGCCCCGUGGCCAGUUUCCUCACGGACAGAUACGGUUGUCGAAGAGUUUCUAUAGCGGGCAGUAUCCUAGCGGCGGCCGGUUUCGUUAUAAGUUCUUUCGCCAAUUCCAUGGAGGUUCUGAUAUUCACUUUCGGGGUUCUCGCUGGCUUCGGUUUGUCCUUGUGUUUCGUGGCAGCCGUGGUGAUCGUCGCUUACUACUUCGAUAAGAAGAGAUCUUUCGCGACAGGUUUGUCCGUCUGCGGUAGCGGCAUAGGAACGUUCAUCUUUGCCCCGGUCACGCAGUAUCUACUGGCCGAAUACGGCUGGCGGGGAACCACGCUGAUAUUGGCCGGUCUGUUUCUCAAUCUGGCUGUCUGCGGCUGUCUUAUGAGGGAUCUGGAAUGGACGACCACCAGAGCGAAGGCGAAGACCGAGGAGAGACGGAAAAAUCGGGAGAAAAAGAGGACCAGGAUACAGAGCUCGAGCGUGGACUCGUUCUCCGCGAAUAGUUCGCUGAACACCCUCACGAUCAUGGAGAAUCUUCGGACUCAAGAGGAAGAGGAGGAAGACGGUGAAAAGCUAUUUUCCAGUCUGGUAAGCUUACCCACGUUCGUGAAGAACGGCGAAAAGGUACCGUUGGAGGUAUUGGAACUACUUAGUACUCGUAAAAACGUGUACAACGUGUUACUGCAAAAUUAUCCGAGUCUGCUCAUCUCCUCGAGGAGCUUCAGCGAUUCCGGCCCGCUUCACGAUCAGCUGAGCACACCUUCGGCCAGAUUCGUGCCCACGCCGAGCUCUUUGUCCGAGUUGAAGAGCGAGGAAAACAAGGACAAGGUCUUGCCCAACGACGAGCAAACUCUUCGACAGCAAACGGACGCCGCUUGGCGAUUGUGGUGGUUGAAAAAGAUCAAUCUGGAUAGCUCGUUGAGAAGAUCCAGCACUCUCGAGCAUACCAGGAGACUACCUACUGCCUAUUUGAAGGAUAUCAGAGUGCAUAGGCAGAGCCUUACGUAUAGAGGUGCUAUGUUGAACAUAAAUCGAUAUCGACUCAGGGCAUCCAGUUGUCCGGAUAUUUAUAGGAACUCGAUGACCACCAUAGCUAGAACCAAACUCGUCUGGUACGCCGGUCUCUGGGAAUUUUGGGACCUCAUCGUCGACAUGCUUGAUUUUUCUCAUUUCGCUGAUUCGCGUUUCUUGCUGUUCGCCAUUAGCAAUUUCCUCCUACAUACCUGGUACGACGUGCCCUACGUCUAUUUGACGGACAACGCGAUCGAGAUGGGCUUUAGCGAAACCGACGCAUCUAUUUUAAUAUCGGUCAUAGGAAUAACCAACAUGGGUGGCGAGAUUCUGCUUGGUUGGGCAGGUGACAGAGCAUGGGUAAACGCAUCUAUCGUAUAUGCAGUAUGCAUGGCAUUUUGUGGCGCGGUGACGGCUUUAAUACCCAUGGUAAUUGGCAGUUACUAUGCCUUAUGCGCUAUCUCUGGUGCUUUUGGAUUAUUCAUCGGGGCGAACUACAGUCUUACCAGCAUCAUCCUCGUCGAACUGAUUACGCUCGAAAGAUUCACAAACGCGUAUGGCCUUCUACUCUUGGUCCAGGGUGUUGCAAAUCUUAUGGGUCCUCCGUUGGCUGGAUGGCUUUACGAUAUCACGGGGACGUACGAUUUGUCGUUCUACUUAGCCGGUUUCUUCAUUGCGUUGAGCGGAGUUCUUUUACUGGCGAUGCCUUUAAUUAGCCUAUACCGGAAAUGUUUGCACGGAUCGAGGAAAGAGGAAACUGACGAAGAUUUUGCAAACGUGAACAGAGUCUGA